ACGCGGCUGUCAGUAACGCUAUCGACUCUGAGCGAUUCGUAUCGUGCGAAUUGAAAGUGCAAAUUAUCCGAUCUCUAUAGUGAUAUACGAGCUCUGAUCAGUCGGGGAUUGAGCAAACAAAACUGUCAUAUAAAAUUAUAUCGAAAGGGAGAAAAACCUUUUCACCGAUAAUAUUGGGAGUUUAUUGCGGGUUGUGAGUGUCGAUUAUAUUCGCUUUAUUAGUUUUUUUUUAUCUAUACAAAUGUGUUGGCUCGUGCGUCUUGAAGUUACGUAAUAAAGGAACGCGGACGUUUGCACGAGGAGUGUGGUGUGAAAUUCCGAGGAGAAACGUCAGAUGACAUAUUUAUAAGGACACGAAGAGUACACACACGAUAUUUCACUUGACCCGGUAACUGACACGUUCAAAUUCUUUAAGAAACAAAAAAUUACAUAAAGGGAGAGAAGGGCGAGAUUAUCGUAGCUGUGUGGCAUCCAUGUGUGUGUUGCAUUUUUCGAACGCGUUUAAACAAACAAAAAAACAACAGCGUCAAUAACUACAGAGUUGCCAGCUGAUUUUCGUAGCGAGCUUUAUUACCGUUUUUUUUUGUAUUUUCGUUCGCUAUACAUCUAUUUAUAUAGAGCAUCCGUUACACAUUCGUUGCUGCAAACAUCAGACAAAAGAUCUGAAGGGGUUGACUUUCUCACAAACAUAAAUUAUUAUCGACUGUAACGGAUUAAAUUGUAUUACACGGGGUUAUAAUUAUGGAUUCCCCUGUCGUCGUGGACCACGCAUCCGAAUUUGGACGAGGAAUCGAUCUGGACCGCGUGUUUCCUGGUUUCCCGUUUGACGACGCGGAGGGUUUUGGUCGUCGGAGCAGUGACAUACGUUCGCAUUUGGACGAUUUGGCAUCGCGACAUCCGGAGUUCGCUGACCAUUUGUUAGGAUCGGCCUGGGGCGAUAUUCCAGCAUUUCGCAACACCGGUUCUUUGAGAAAUCGUCGUCGCCGAGAUUCCGGUGGUUCUUCGACGUAUCAGGGCCAGCCGGACGAAGACGCGCGUAGUCAAACGAGCGGAAGCAGCGGGACGAGUGCGGCGAGUGGAGCGAGCGGUGUCAGCUCGCACGGGGAGCCCUCGAACUCGCCGAGCAACGUACAUUCGAAGGAGAGCCAAGGAGAAUCGGUACCGAGAGAGAGCGUUGACACUCACGGUACUCGGAGGAAUCCGAUACCGCAGUACGGUCUGCGGAACACGGUUGACAUUGGUCAGCACCGUCACGAGAUGGAGAACGACGAGAGAAUGAACGACAACAAUCGGGGCCAGAGGUCGAUGUCAGCGCCACCGGAAAAUCGACAACAGAACGAGUCCGGAAUAAAACAAUCGGAACAACCGCAAAAUCCGAAUCAAAGAUUCGUCUCGAGAGUCGACAUAACUCCACAAUUCGGUCAACCGAUUUCCAGCAACGAGAAGUCCGCUUCAAAGGCUCCGCAGCAGCAGCAAACGUCGACUCCGCAACAGAAACCUCAACAGCAGAGCAACGUUAGGCACAUACCGAUAUUCGUUGAAGGUCGCGACGAGCCCGUUGUACCAAAAAACAUUGACCACGAUCAGAACGACGGGCCUGGCUGGACUUACGCUAAACCUCCGAGAACGGAAUCACCCCCGCACUUCCAACACAAUCCGCAGUUCACGACACCGCCACAAUUUCACAGACCGUCCCACUUCAAUCAACAUUACACCGGUGGAAGAGCCAGAGACUGGUUGCCCAAUUUCGAGGAAGAAUUUUACAGUCCCCAGGGCUUCCAACAACCUGGAUUCAGGAGGCACCAGCAGCAACCCUUCACAUCACAGAGCCCACCUCGUCAGCAAGGACCUUACCGUCAACCGCAAACGGAGCCCAGACCUUCGUCUCAACGUCCUCACAAUGAGGGCCCCUACUACAAACAACAAACUCAUUCUGCACCUCAACAGCAACCUCAACACCAUCAAGCCCCGCCGCGGCAGCAGCAGCAGCAGCAACAACAACAACAUCCAGAGCCGGCCCCGGAACAACCACGAAAACAGAAACAACCAAAAGAUCCAUUGGAGAAAGUAGCAGAAGUCCAAAAAGAAGUUGACUCGUUGAACGAGCAAGUUAUCCAAUGGAAUGGAAAGUCACGAAAGGACAAACAAUACAUAUAUCUUGAUGAAAUGCUCACACGGGAACUCAUUAAGCUGGACGAUAUCGAGACCGAGGGCAAAGAUAAUGUUAGGCAAGCACGUAAACAAGCUAUUAAAAGUAUACAGGAUUCGAUUAGUUUAUUGGAAUCAAAAGCACCUUUGAACGAUCAAGCACCAGCGACAGAGAAUAAAAUGGAAAUACAGCAGGAGACGCCCGAGGCCUCAAAUGCAACGCCGGAAAAUGCGGAACCGGCAAUCGUCAACGAUGAAAAUGUUGCUAAGAGUGAGAAUACGGGAAACGACGAGGAGCAACAACAACAGCAACGACAGUCCGAUCCACUUCCGGCCGCACCAUCCUCACCAACCAAAGAGCCACUCUCAGCGUCGCUGGUAGUUGAAGCGACAACAACCGCAUCUGAGAAUGAAAGUUCAACCUGCGAUCAGGCUAGUCAACGGGAUAACGUCGUCAUGGAAGUUGCAGCAGCGCCGGUCGCCAAAGUUUCUUCGGUUGGCUCGAUGGAAAUCCAAACGAAUGCAGAAACGGAACAACCGGCUACCGGGUCGGGAACGCCGCCCGUUAACCAACCGGAAACGACGGUUAUGGAGGUGGAAACUCCAAAGUCACCGAACACAGCGAAGAAGAGUAAAAAAACGAAAAAGCAGCAGCAGCUUAAGCAGCAACAGGCACCGAUUUCCGACGGUGCUAUUCCUCUUCCAGCCCCGGAAUCUCACGACACCAACGCCACCAAAUAGGACAAGCUUCGUGAUUCGCAAGGAUCUACAACUUAUUUUUCUUUUUCCUACCGGGCGAUGGAAAAAUCUUCUUCGUCCGAAUUGUUGAUUCAAUGAACGAUCUUUAAAAGAGAAUGUAAAAAAAAGGAAACAAUGACUGAGACUUUGUAAAAACGAAGCACCCGUCCGUUCGUCGGGUUAUCGAUCGUUAUUUAAAAUAAUGGUUAUAUAACGAAAAAUGUCUUCUGAGAACCUGUUGCGUUGAAACGUACGAAUUAAAAGUAAUUCGAGUUUUCUGCACUCGAUAUUAUAAUACGAAACUUUGUCGUGAUAAGUUAUUUUUCAUUUGUGAUGCCGUUAUCAGCAUUUGUUUUCGUCUCAGUUUAUUAGCCUUCUGUCGAGGUAGUUUACUACGACAGAAAUCUUUUUCCACGACAAGAGUUUUUGAGAGUAUAAAAAAAAAUAACGUAUUUCCGAAUAUUUCCUUGGAUUCGGGAAGGAAAAUAUCUUCAUCUUAUCUUCUUCGGAGUUUCGACUCCUUUUCACUAUGUUCAAGCCUAGCCUAAUUAUUAUUGAAAAAAAAAUUCAUAAAUGAACGUGUAUCAAACUCAGAAUGUAUAAUUUAAAUAAUAAUAAUAAUCAUUAUUCUUGUUUUAUUAUUAUUUUGUUUGUUUUCAUUUAUUUCGUGUGCGUCUACUUGAACAUGUUAUAUAUAAAAUCAACAUUUGUCUUUACACAGUGAAUGCGAAACAUUUAUAUCUAAAUGACGACGCUGAAGUUUGCAACGUUGGAGUCCAACGAAACGAACGAGGAAAAAACAUUUGUAAUUCACCAAUUUUUUCCUUAACGAAGUAUCAGUGCAGAUUGAAAAACUACGAAUUGCGAAUUCGACAGGAAAUGAAAUUGCAGAAUUAAUCGAAUUAUUGAAGGGGGUUUUUUUUAAAUAAUUUCGUUGGACUCGAACGUUGCAAACUUCAGCGUCAUUCUGAAUGCGUUUUAUUUUCUUACACAACAGUCAUUAAUUUCAAUAGGCUGCAAUCGUAUUAAGACAUAAAUAAGGCGUUUUAGGCAAUGUAUUGGAAAAAUUUGAAUUCUCAUUGAGUAGCAUUACUCGUCGAUUACAAAGUUCGCUGAUAAUCAUUAGAGGUAAAUAUUUAUAUAGUUUUUCCAGCAAUAGCAGCAUCGUUAUCAAUGACAAAAAUAAACAUUUAUUGUGUCGAUUAGAA